UUUUCCUCCCUCUUUAUUCUGUUUUCCAUAUCCAUCACAUAGAUACUAUCUGUUCAAUUGAUUAAAAGUAAUAAUAAUAAUUGGGAAAAAAAAAAGAUGGUUCAAGGGAGUCGAAAAAACGGUAUUCGCGUCUGCAUCGAUCGAGGUGGCACCUUCACAGACUGUGUAGCCUCGAUCCCCGUCCCCGUCUCUGAGGAACAUCCAACAGGCCGUAAGGAUUUGGUCAUUAAGCUCCUCUCAGUUGAUCCUAAUAAUUACCCAGAUGCUCCUCGUGAGGGAAUCCGACGCAUUCUUGAGAUCGCAACAGGCAAACCCCAUCCGCGUGAUCAGCCUGUAGCUACCGAAAACUUGGAAUCUAUCCGUAUGGGAACAACAGUGGCAACAAAUGCACUUCUGGAGAGAAAGGGAGAGCGCAGCGCAUUAUUAAUCACAAAAGGAUUCAAGGAUCUCUUGUUAAUCGGCAACCAAUCGCGCCCCAAGAUCUUUGAUCUGUCCAUUACCAAACCUGAUGUCCUCUAUCAGGCCGUUGUCGAAGUGGAUGAGAGAGUAACGCUGGUCGGAUAUACCUCAAGUCCCAUGGGCAUUGUCGAGAAUAUUGAUUCCAAUGAUCCCUCAUACGUCAAAGGGGUUUCGGGGGAAUACGUUCACAUCCUUCAAAAGCCUGAUAUGGAGAAGGCUAAGAAGCAGCUUCAAGACCUCUAUGAUCAAGGGUUCAGGAGUAUUGCCGUAUGUCUGCUUCAUUCGUAUACCUUUGUUGACCAUGAGCAGGCCAUAGGCGCUUUGGCGGAGAAGAUCGGAUUCACUCACGUCUCGCUCUCAUCAGCUAUCUUACCCAUGAUCAAGAUGGUACCUCGCGGAACCUCGGCAACCGCGGAUGCAUACCUAACGCCAUGUAUUAAGAAGUAUGUAGACGGCUUCGUGAGCGGAUUUGACGAGAACUUGACAAAGGAUGUAUCCCUCCAAUUUAUGCAAAGUGACGGAGGACUCGUCCCUGUUAAUCGGUUCUCUGGGUUACGGGCUAUUCUCUCUGGUCCUGCGGGAGGAGUUGUUGGCUACGGAAUGACAGCCUACGAUAAAAAAGAGGGUGUUCCUGUCAUCGGGUUUGACAUGGGAGGCACUAGCACAGAUGUCUCUCGUUUUGGCGGCAAGUAUGAGCAUGUCUUUGAGACCACUACUGCUGGAGUGACGGUUCAGGCUCCACAACUGGAUAUCAACACCGUUGCCGCAGGAGGCGGAUCCAUGCUAUUCUUCAGGAACGGGACAUUUGUUGUUGGGCCAGAGAGCGCUUCUGCUCAUCCUGGGCCUGCUUGCUACCGCAAGGGCGGUCCAUUGACUGUCACAGACGCCAACUUAGUCCUUGGCCGUCUCAACCCUGAUUACUUUCCCAAGAUUUUUGGUCCCAAUGAGAACGAGGGUCUCGACAUCGAUAUUGCACGUAAAAAAUUUGAGGAGCUGACAAAGGAGAUCAACGAAUGCAUGGCCAAAGAUAAGGCAGCCGAAGGCUCAAAGUGGACCCCAAUGUCUGUCGAUGAGGCUGCAUACGGAUUCAUCAAAGUUGCUAAUGAGUCCAUGUGUCGUCCUAUCCGUGCGUUGACUGAAGCAAAGGGACAUGAUGCCUCCAAGCAUAUCCUUUCAGUAUUUGGUGGCGCUGGAGGCCAACACGCCUGCGCUAUUGCACACGCAUUGGGUAUCUCCAGCAUCUUUAUCCACAAGUAUUCGUCUGUCUUGUCUGCUUAUGGACUUUCUUUGGCAGAUGUUGUCUACGAGGCACAGGAGCCCAGCUCAGAGACCCUGUCUGAAAAGUCACUCCCUGCGAUUAAAGAAAGAGUCAAGUGCCUGGUCGAUCAAUGCCACAAAGAGCUUGAGAGCCAAGGCUUUGAAAAGGACCAUAUUGAAUGUGAGAUCUACCUCAACUUACGAUACGAUGGUACAGACUGCGCUCUGAUGACGCUCAAGCCGCAAGCAGAGGAUGAUUGGAACUUCUCCAGCGCAUUUGUUGAGAACUACAAGUAUGAAUUUGGAUUCCAUUUGCCAGACCGCGACAUCAUUGUAGACGACAUCCGUAUUCGCAGUAUUGGAAAGUCAGCUCAGUCUUCUAUACUCUCUGUUCAGGAGGAGAUCAAGAACUUGAAGGUCAAGCCAGUGGAUCCCUCUUUGGCUGAGGAAACGACCAGCAUUUACUUUGAGGGUGGUCGCAAUGACAAGACACCUAUUUACUUGCUUGAGAAGUUACCAGUCGGGGUAUCUAUUGAAGGACCUGCUAUCGUCAUGGAUGCUAAUUCGGCUAUUCUGAUUCAGCCAUUCUGCACUGGACUCAUUACUUCUGAUACGGUUGUGAUCACCAUUGGUGAUGGACAUAAGUCUCAGGUGACGACUGAGAUGGACCCCAUUAUGUUGGCUGUGUUUGGUAACCGCUUCAUGUCGAUUGCAGAACAAAUGGGUCGCACCUUGCAAAAGACCGCCAUUAGUACCAAUAUCAAGGAACGUCUAGAUUUCUCCUGUGCUUUGUUUGGGCCAGAUGGUGGUUUGGUUGCGAAUGCUCCUCACAUCCCUGUCCAUCUGGGAUCGCUUUCGCAUGCUGUGCAAUACCAGAUGGAGUAUUACAAAGGUGAUAUUCAAGAAGGCGAUGUAAUUAUGACUAACCACCCUGCUGCAGGAGGGAGCCACCUACCCGAUAUCACUGUCAUCACACCAGUCUUCAAUGAAGGCAAGAUCGUCUUCUUUGUGGCAUCGCGUGGACAUCAUGCCGAUAUCGGAGGCAUUCUCCCAGGCUCCAUGCCGCCCAACUCGAAGGAACUUUACCAGGAAGGUGCUGCUAUCCGAUCGCUAAAGUUAGUCUCCAAAGGUCAUUUUGACCUUGAAGGCCUAACUAAGGUGCUGGUGGAGGAGCCCGCCAAGUAUCCUGGUUGCAGUGGAACUCGUUGCCUACGUGACAAUGUAUCGGACUUGAAAGCCCAAGUGGCUGCAAACCACAAGGGCAUCGGUCUUGUCAAGGGGCUGGUCGCAGAGUAUGGGUUGGAUGUAGUCCAGGCCUACAUGAUGCACAUUCGUAAGAAUGCCGAGAUGGCAGUGCGCGAUCUCCUCAAAGGAGCCCUGCGUCGGUCUGAAGGCAAAGACCUUGUUGCGACUGAUUUUAUGGAUGAUGGAAGCAGGAUCAGCCUUCGGAUUGAGAUUAACCCUGAGGAUGGUUCUACUGUCUUUGAUUUUGAAGGGACCAGUGAAGAAGUCUAUGGCAAUUGUAAUGCGCCGGCUUCGGUUACAUAUUCAGCAAUCAUUUACUGUUUGCGAUGCAUGGUUGCGGUAGAUAUUCCUCUCAAUCAAGGAUGCUUGUCACCGGUGACGAUCAAGAUCCCUGAAAAGUCAAUGCUUGCUCCUUCAGAGACUGCGGCUGUGGUUGGAGGAAACGUCUUGGUGUCACAGAGAUUGGUGGAUGUGAUUUUGAAAGCCUUCCAGGUCUGUGGUGCCUCGCAAGGGUGCAUGAACAAUCUGACAUUUGGUGUGGGCGGCAAGACCGUGGAUACUAAGACAGGUGAAACUAAGGUGGUGGAGGGUUGGGGAUACUACGAAACCAUUGGUGGAGGUGCAGGUGCAGGACCUACGUGGAAUGGACAAAGUGGUGUCCACACUCACAUGACCAACACUAGGAUUACUGAUCCUGAGAUCAUGGAGCGCCGCUACCCUGUCAUUCUACGUGAAUUCGCACUCCGCCAAGGAUCUGGAGGAGAGGGGCUUCACCCUGGUGGCGAGGGACUUGUUCGUAACAUUGAGUUCUUGGAGCCGAUGGAAGUAUCUAUUCUGAGUGAACGUCGCGUCUUCCAACCCUAUGGUAUGGCGGGAGGUGGGCCGGGUCAAUCUGGCAAGAAUCUGUGGGUACAAAAGCGCACGGUCCGUAAGAAGGACGGUUCGUUGCUUGCAGCUUCUGAAACUGAUACGUACAAGAAGGAUGAGAUAGAAACUGUAUACAGAACUGUGAAUUUAUCUGGAAAGAACACAGCGAAUGUAAGGGCUGGAGAUCGAUUGUUGAUUUGCACUCCUGGCGGUGGUGGUUGGGGAGCUAAGGAGGAUUCGUCUUCAUCAUCACAGUCUCAUUAUGUCAGUGGUAACUCUGUGCCUUCUACUCAGCAAGCAUACAUGCGAGGAAGCAUUAACGAAUAUCAGGCUCUUCAGGAAGCCAGUGUCUAAAUGAAUAAAUUAAUAAAUUAUAU